AGAAGUUACUGAGUGGCACCUUACUCAUUAUAGUUGCCCAGUUGGAGCAACCUAGACCUCCCAUAAAAUCAAAACCAAUAAUAAUGGUGGUCACUCUCCCUCCCUCUCAAUUCUCAGCAAAACACUCCUACGUCACCACCAUUACCAAUCACAAUAACCUCACUUUCCCUCAAUUCAUCAACUCUUGUUUAACAUCUAGAAUAAACCCUAAUAAAAGUACCAAAUUCUCAGUGAUUAAAUCUUAUAUUGAAAACACCAAUCCGAUUUCUGGUUUUGCAAACAAAGUGAUUGGUUCUUUGCCUGUUAUUGGUCUUAUUGCUAGAAUUGUCAAUGAUGAAGGUGGUCUUGCUGGUGAUAUCAUUGAUUUUGCUGAAUUUCGUAGGAGAGUUGGCAAUAAAUGUUCGAUUUCUGAUUCUAGGGCUUUUAUUGAAUUCCAAGACCGUCGCGGAAAGGCAGGGGAUCCAUUGUAUGUACUAUUGUGCUGUUGGUUAGCUGCAGUUGGUGCUGGUCUUCUUAAGUCUGAAGAAAUUUUGGAAGGAGUUGCAAGACUUCGUCUUUCCAAUGAUAUUGAAUUUGAAGAACAGAAUUUCAUUGCUAUGAUGACUGAAGCUCAAGAGAGAAGAUCUAAACUGAGAGCUGAAGCACCUAAAAUUCCUAUGGAACUACGAGCUCAGAAAGCGCUUGAUGCUAUAUACAUUUGUUGCUUCGGCAAGGAUCCAAUCGAAGAAGAAGAUGAAAGGUUAUUGACGAUAAUGCUCAGCGCAGUCUUUCCCUCUGUUCAACGAACAGAAAUCGAAAGACUUGUCAAAGAAAAAACCGAAAGAGUCGUUGACGGGAGUGAGGAGGGACAAUUCGUUGUGGAGUCGAAACCGUUGUCCAAAGAAGCGAUACAACUACAGAUGAAGGAUCUACAAUUCCUGAAGCAAAACAACACCGAGAUACUUGAAAAGAAUCGCGAUAGCUAAAGAUCAGCCGUCUUGUGUCUAGCUUAAACUUUAUGAUUUAGAGUGUUGUUGAUAGUGAAAAUGAAAUUUGAAUUUUAAUAUAAAUCAUUUGUAAUCAUAUUUAACUAAUUUUCAUAAUAUUUUUACUAUGUCAUUUAAUUAGAAAUAGUUCAUCUGCCGUUUCUAUUUA